AUGGAUGAGGCUAAAGCCACCGUAGAGCCAGGUAUGUUUGGGGACGCAGAUGAAAUUAAAUCAGUGUUGGUGACUGAGGGAGACUCGGUCCCACUAUACACUGAUGUUACUGAAGUGAGGGAAGGUGAUCAGAUAUUGUGGAAAUUUGGACAUCAACGCACUCGAAUAGCUGAAAUCAUGAAAAGGGACCAAAUAGGAGUAAACAUAAAUUUUGUCUUUAAUGGUGGAAUAUUCAAAGACAAAUUACAAAUGGACAAACACACUGGAUCUCUGACCAUCAGAAACAUCAGCACUGAACACACUGGACUUUAUGAACUGACUGUGAUCAGUGAAAAAAACUCAAUGAAAAGAUUUAAUGUCAUUGUUUAUUCUACUCUACCCAUUCCCUUUAUCAGCAUCAACUCAUUAAGCAAUUCUUCAUCAUCUGUAUGUUCAUCAGACUCCAGAUGUUCAGUGUUGUGUUCAGUGUUGAAUGUGAGUGCUGUGAGUCUCUCCUGGUACAAAGGAAACAGUGUAUUGUCCAGCAUCAGUGUGUCUGAUCUCAGCAUCAGUCUCUCUCUACCUCUGGAGGUGGAAUAUCAGGAUAAAAACACCUACAGCUGUGUGGUCAACAACACCAUCACAAACCACACCACACAUCUGGACAUUGAACAACUCUGCCAGACAUGUGAAGCAGGAGGUGUCAACAAGCACAACAAAAGGGCGAGUAUUAUAUUUAAAAUUAUAUAAAUGAAUACACCAU